CUUCCGGCACAGACUUGCCAGAGGUUCUAACGCGAGGCGCGCGAGGAGAAUGGGUGACGUCACGGAAAGCGGUGGGAGGGCUUGUGUUGGGCAAGCGCGGUAGGCCCGUUUCGCCGACUCGGAACUCAGAGCGUUGAAGGGGUUUUCCAGCAUUGCGGCGGAGCCCACGGUCCUCGCCGUGUCCUCGGCAGCCCGCGCGAAACUGGAAGGCAUUUCUGAGCCUGCGAACCUGCAGCGGAAGUGGAAGCAGAACGCCCUUCCUCAAGUGACUGGAGCUUACAGAUGCGGUCCAGGGCAGGGAACUGUGGCUAGGUAAGGAGGCCAUGCUUGAUGUUGCUUCCAGAUCCCAUGUCAACACCAAGUCCUCAGAUGCUGGUGGCAGCUGCUCAGCAGACCCUGGGCAUGGGAAAGAGACGGGGCCCACCCCGAGCCGUCUGCCUUCACCUAGCUGGAGAGGUGCUGGCCGUGGCCCGGGGACUGAAGCCAGCCCUGCUCUAUGAUUGCAGUUGUGCAGGGACAUCAGAGCUCCAGAGCUAUCUGGAGGAGUUGCAGGGCUUGGGCUUCCUGACCCAGGGACUUCACAUCCUUGAGAUUGGAGAAAACAUCCUGAUUGUCAGUCCUGAGCAUGUAUGUCAGCGCUUGGAGCAGGUACUGCUUGGUACCAUAGCCUUUGUGGAUGUUUCCAGCUCCCAACCUCACCCUUCUAUUUGCUCCCUGGACCAACUUCAGGAUUUGAAGGCCAUAAUGGUUGAGAUCAUCACACAUUUGCAAGGGCUGCAGAGGGACUUAUCCCUGGAAGUCUCCUGCAGCAGACUUCGUUCUUCAGACUGGAAUCUCUGUACUGUGUUUGGGAUCCUCCUGGGUUAUCCUGUUCCAUAUACCUUUCAUCUGAACCAGGGAGAUGACAACUGCUUAGCCCUGACCCCACUACGGGUUUUCACUGCCCGGAUCUCAUGGCUGCUUGGUCAGUCCCCAGUCUUGCUCUAUUCCUUUAGUGUCCCAGAGAGCUUGUUCCCAGCCCUGAGGGAGAUUAUAAACACUUGGGAGAAGGACCUUAGAACUCGAUGUAGGAGGCAGAAUGACUUUGCUGACUUGAGCAUCUCCUCCGAGAUAGUCACAUUGCCAGCUGUGGCUCUCUGACUUCAGCUCUUCACUCAUGUAGAAGAUACUCAGUAGAUGAUCAGCUCCAGGUUAGGGAUGGCAUCUCAAUGACCAAUUCUGAGCAUCUUGAGAAAAUUAGGGAAAAAUUCUGCGAACAGUUGUCCUCAUCUCAGUGGGCAUGGGAACAGGUGGUAGUGGUGUUGGUUGUACAUAGCUGCCAUUUCUAUAGUAGGGAGUCCUCGUGACUUAACUGAGAUGUCUGUUCAUUUUUCACUGGAUAGGGGAUAGAAGAAAGAUUGUGGAGACAGGCGGUGGAAGUCAAGUAGUCUGUUCUUGUGUGGUGGUUGUAAAUAUACCUGCCCCAGUGGGCAGUGUCUGCCAGAAAGUAGAGGACUAGGUAAGUUUUACUGCAUGUUUAUAUACCACCAACUGAAUCGGACUAGGGAGAGUAGACCAGGAUUCUCUAAUGUCUUAUGAUUGUGUUGUGAUGUGUCUGUCAUUCAGGGGUAAACUAAGAGUUCACAGGAACAGAAACUUGUUAGGUGAAGUUUAUUUUACAGUAGGUUAAAAAAAAUAAUAAAGUCAGAAAUCUCUGUGGGAAAACCCACACUCUAAAGUAUGUAAACAUUCUGAGUUUUUUGAGUUUCUUGCUUCAGAUUUUCACCCAGGCAGCUGUCCGAAGUGAUUCAGAUCAUCAGGCUGUCCUUGUUGGCCAGGAACACUGCCAGUGCUAUAGCAAUCAUUACCAUCAGCAUCGAGAGCCAUUGGCCACAUUGCCUCUGUGAGGAGGGAAGGGGAGAAAGAGAAAGAGGCCAUGGGUUGUUUGGAGAAGAUACAGACAAAAAUAAUCUUCCUUCUUCCCAUUCCAGCCCCGUGGAAAACCUUGGGUCAGUAGAGGAGAAAAAGCUUUUUAUAUCAUUAUUUCUCUCACUUGCUCACUUCCUUUGGGAUAAGACCACUUUACUGCUGGUUACUGGUCCCUAAGCCCAGGAUCACUGGCCUAGGGAACCAUACCCAGCAAGGGCCAGAUACUUAAAUACUGGUUAGAGUAAUCAAGGAUGGAAAAUAACUUAGCAACACUAUAUUAUUCUCUAUUCAUAUUCCAUAGUACUUUUGCUCUCCUUACUCUUUUUUUUUUUUCUUCUCUCCUUACUCUUGCCACUAGCUCAUAAUAGGCUAAAAGAACACCAUUUAAUACUUUAGCUAAUAGUAGGCCUCUUCCUUUAGGCUCAAGAGUUCCAUGAAAAUUAGGCUUGGUUGCAUGAGCAAGUGUUUCCCGACAGUUGUUACACUCAAGUAUAUAAACCAAGCUGAAUGGAAUGGGCUGGCCCAACGUUGGCGCGGGUUGAUGAAUGAUCUGCAAGAUUUAACUAAAGGAGGACCUGUCCCACCAUCAUCCAGGGCGAUAUGGGAGGAUAGACCCUCUUACUCUGGGAAGCGGCCGUGGGCUCUGGUUCAGCUCUUCUCGACAGUGCUGCAGCUUACGCAGGCAGGAGAGAUACUCGUCACUGAGGUUGUCUAACUCCAGAUGCAGUUCUCUGCACUGGGGGGGAGAAUACCACCAACAUCAUCACUACCAGUUCCUUCUGGGAUAGAGCUCAGGUCGGGGAGAGGGCCCUAUGUGAGUUACCCCUUCAUUCAUUUGGAAUUUUUACCACCAUCCUCCCUUUCCAGCCUUUACUCAGAGAUUUCAGUUUAUCUUCUGGCUGCCUUACUUAGUUUGCCUGGAACGUGUUCAUUUAAAUGAUUGAUUAUAAUGCAUAUGAUAAUACUAUAUAUUAUACAUGUUAGUGCUUUCAUGUGAUUGUGUAUGUGCAAGUGCUUUGUAAAUGUGGACACCAAAAAAUGAAGUUCUUAUAGCACAAAAGACCUGGGGAUGAUCUUAGUACUGGUGAAGAAGCAUUUUAACAGGACCUAGUUGAGUUGCAUGUGAAUACUCUGGGAAUAUGUAGGUUUCUAAGUAUGUAGAUGGAAAGAGUUUGUUACUUAAAAGACACUAUAUAAAGUUUUAAGAUAACUCUAUGUAGGACAAAGUUUGAGGAGUUAAUAUGUUUAUUAAGUGUGUUUUAGUUUAGGCUGACUUUGUAAAAGGUAACUAUUUAACAAAACCUUGCAUAAUGGUUGGUAUAAAUGAAGAAAGAAAAAGAUGGACAAGUUAGCCUGAAAGCAAAGUGAAUACCUGCUGGCAUCCAAUCACAAUUUAAACUUUGAAAUCUCUGCUCCCUGGCUGCCUCCCAGCAGUUUUCCCUACCAUUGUGGUAUGAGCCCCUCACUACCUUGAGGUCACGUUCUCACCUCCUUUUCCUUGGCCUGGAGCUGCAAAGUCUUCUUUUGCAGCUGGUCUCUGAAAUCCCGUUCUUUCUCCUUCCCUGUACCCUCAGGUUCCACUUCCUUAUGGGAGGGCUUUGGACUCCACACAGGCAAAGCCUGAUCUAAAAAAGCAGCCAGAUUCUCAGUGAUAGUGCGGUCCACGCCUCUGAGGAAGGGCCCUAUCACUGAGAGAAGUCUGGAGUGAGGGGAAGGGAGGGGAGAGAACAAGAGAGGUCCUGUCCCUGACUAGACUGCAUGGAGUAGAAUUUUCUGACUUUCUCCCAUUGGGACCCUGCUCAGCCUUGACACAGCUGGAAUUUGAGCCGCGUGAGGGCAAGGUUGGCCUCUUACUUUUCUUUGUAUCCCCAGUCCCGUUUAAUGGCAGAUAUUUCUAGAGAAUACUUACUAGUCCAAUUUCUUUUGUUGUACUUCUGGUAGGUUUGCUGGAUGCUUCAAUAGAACUAACCCCUUUCCCCUUCUGUCCUUAUUUCAAAGUCAAUGAGAAUGGCUGUCAUAUCAUAGAAUUCACCUUCAUGUGGUUAAAAGUGGUUUCUGAGCCACGCAGAAGUCUUAGUGUUGGUGAAGAGGGCACUGAACUAGGAGUCAGAAAUUCUGGAUUGUUGUCUUAGCUGCGUCCUUAAUUUUUAUGACCAUAGAUUUUCAUUUUCUUGCUUGUGCUAUGUGGGUAUAAUACUUUCUGCCUUAUAUUUUACGUGGUGAUUGUGAUGAGAAAACAAAAGACCACUUGGAGUGCAUACAUGAGGAACUUUUGCCCCCCACCCUCAGAUACAUGAUGCAUUCUUCUCAGGGAGUUAAGGCAGCAGACUCUUGAGGGCUAAGAGUGAGGUGACUGUUGCAUGCAGCAUGGUGUGGAGGUGUGGACUUGGGAUGUGAUUUGGAAAGUCAAAUGUAAAAAUUGACAUUAAAUCCUGAGUUCAAAAUCAGUUUAUUGAAAUGUUCAACACAGACAUGUUUUCAGAGAGAGUAGAAAUUCUUUUCACAGUUUAUGUACCUCUCAGGAUAGGAGGCUAACUAGUUAAAGUGUUCUCAAAGCCAAUGAUCAGUCCUUAAAAAGCUCUGCUAGAUCCCUGACCUCACAGACUCCUAGAACUGCAUGGGACUCCAAGAGGUCAUGUAGUCCAUUCCUCUGCCUCUAGGCAGGCAAGGAAAGACCAGUAUCUUAGAAUUUGUGGAAGUAAAUUUGCUGACCUUUCUUUGUUAAGAGUUUCUCCUGUUCUUGAAGCUGUAAGGAUUGAUUCUGAAGCAGACCUGUGGGAAGACACAAGGAACUUGUCUGUAUGUUGACUGUAAACAAUGUUUUCAGAACUUUGCUACAAACCUUAAUUAUUCAAGAUGUUCCUAUCUGUUAUUGGCUGAAUUGUGCUCCCCCAAAUUCAUAGGGGGAGAGUCCUAACUCCUAGUACCUCAGAAUGUGACCUUAUUUGGAGACAGGUUCUUUACAGAGAUAAUCAAGAAUUUUAGGACAUCAGAGUGGGCCCUAAUGUCUUAUGACUGGUGUCCUUGUAAGAAGGGGACAUUUCAACAGACAUCCAUAGAUAGAAGACAUAUGAAGAAACAUAGGGUGAAGAAGGCCAUCUACAAGCCAGGGAAAGUGGCCUGGAACAGAUCUAUCCUCAAAGCCUUCAGAAGGAACCAGCCCUGGCAACACCUUGACCUUGGACCUCUAGCCUCCAGAAAAAAAUAAAUGUCUGUUUUUUAAGUCA